GUUCGCGCAGGCGCAACUGUGCGUGCGGAGAGCUCCUGAUUUGAAUUUCCCACGCCGUCUGCGGUGGCUCUCGCCCUAUUUCAAUUUUCUUCUGGCUGCCGAAGACACAAGAGAGCACGCGACUGCAGCGUGCACGAGGCUGACUGAGUGCUUCCUGCUGAGCCUUCACGCCGUGUACAUUCCCUUCGAGCCACUCCGCCCGGCCUUUCCUUUGCAAGUCCAUGUUUGCGCAUGCCCGCCUGAAUUGCAUCCAACUCUCCUACGCCCGCGCUCGUUUAGAAGUCUGACUCUCGUUACGGCCGACCCAAGUUCGCUCCUUAGCAUCGGCGUUGCUCGCCUCCUUUGACAGGAACCCCACGCCUUCGCCGCUGCGACGACGAUUCAAAAGUUUGAGAGCAACCUCGCUCGACGCAUAUCCGACACCAGCUCGGCGUGGAAUGAGACUGAAACCAUAGUCCUGCCUUUGCAGACACCUCCAACAUGGCCAACCUUGGCUCAAACAAUCCGUUCCAGCGGACGUCGCCGAUACCUCCUGCACCUCGCCACCCCACGCCUCAUGUCCGCCUCAAUUCUGGCUCACAAAACAUCCUGACGGACUUCUCAUCUCACUCGGCCUCCACGGGUACGCCACAGAAUGGUCGCUCGCUCACCCCAGCGCAGCACUCGCUUCCAAGCUCGCUUCAAAUCGCUGCUUCGCAGCGCUCACCAUAUCAAAACCAGCCCAAUGCAGCCGAAUCCGCAGAACUACUUCUUCCACCUUCGAGAGCUCUCUCGAGGAACCGAUUUAGAGAUGAGGACUCUCCGCUCCCUUCGCCAGUCUCGCUAACGGGCUCGAGGCGAUCUAGCUGGUCUUCUGAAUCUUUCAUGAGCAACAGGCAGGGCCCAUUCGCAAGUCCAUUUGACGACUCGAGGUCGCCGUCGAGAACAGGUAGCGAAGACGGAUUGAUCAAUACGCAAACUGUGUCGGAGAAGUACAACAUUCAGCCCUCGGCGGGCCUGCUACUCUAUCCGGAGGACGUCGAAAAGGAUGACUAUCUGCACAAUCCGGACCCGAACGACAAGGAAGGGUAUGGCUGCACAUCGUGCUGCAACUCUCGAGGCGUGGUAAACAUUGGUGGGCUGAUCUUGAUCACGCUCGGCACCCUGGCUUUGUUCAUCGGAUAUCCUGUCGUGACGUUUGUGCAAAAAAUCAUCGAGCCUGCGAAGACAUCCUGUCAAGGCGACCCGUUGUGCAUAGAUGCCCAGCAGUUCGAUCUGCUGAAGAAUGUUCGCACCUCGCUGAUAGACCCGGACACGCCCAAGAGUGCGUACACGCGCACGUCGUUCGCUGGCAAAAAGCAGAAUUUGGUCUUCUCGGACGAGUACAACUUGGACGGACGCACAUUCUACGACGGCGACGAUCCCUUCUUCCAGGCCAUGGAUUUUUGGUACGGUGUCACGCAGGACCUAGAGUGGUACGAUCCGGACGCGGUGACCACAAAAGACGGAACGCUCAACAUCCGCUUCGACGCCUUCCAGAACCACAAUCUCAACUACCGUUCCGGUAUGAUCCAAUCCUGGAAUAAGCUCUGUUUCAAGGGUGGCCACGUAGAAGUUUCCCUCAGUCUACCGGGACGAGGCGACACCUCUGGAUUCUGGCCCGGCGUGUGGGCGAUGGGCAACCUGGGGAGGCCUGGAUAUGCAGCAACGACGGAUGGAAUGUGGCCUUACAGCUACGAUGAUGUCUGCGACGUCGGUAUCACGCCGAACCAAAGCGACUCUACUGGCGUCAGUCUGCUUCCGGGCAUGAAACUGCCGGCUUGCACAUGCACAGGCGAAGACCAUCCAACUCCGGGCACAUCGAGAAGCGCGCCGGAGAUCGAUAUCAUCGAGGCUACGGUCGUCUAUCUCGAUCCACCAAACCAAGCUGCUAUCGGAUCAGCGUCCCAGUCAUACCAAUGUGCGCCAUUCGAUGUGUUCUGGCGUCCGGAUUACGACUUCAUCGAGUUGUAUGAUCCGCAUGUCACCACCAUGAACAGUUAUUGCGGCGGCGUGUACCAGCAGGCAGUCUCCGGCGUCACCAAUCUCAACAACGACUGGUAUGACGGCAAUGCGUAUCAGACCUACGCCUUUGAGUAUACGCCUGGGAGUGAUGGGACCAUAACAUGGUAUGUCGGCGACACGCCCACCUGGACCCUCGAUGCUCGUGCGAUAGGUCCCAACGGAAACAUCGGGCAACGAGUCAUUCCGCAAGAGCCGAUGGCAAUGAUCAUCAAUUUCGGCAUGAGCAACGGCUUUGCUGAGCUUAAUCUGACUGGCCUGAGCACGCUGAUGCCAGCAACCAUGCGUGUUGACUACCUUCGCAUCUACCAAGACGAAGGCGAGGAGAUGGUGACAUGCGAUCCUCCGGGCUAUCCGACGACGGAAUACAUCAAAAACCAUCCCGUUCCAUACAGCAACCCAAACUUGACACAUUGGUCGCAGACGGGGUACGACUGGCCCAAGAAUUCGCUCAUGAACGGAUGCACAGCCAACAGCAACUUCCACGGCUGAACGGCGUCUCCAAACCCGCAGCUGAAGACUCGGAGCCAGGAAAAAGGAAAACCCAACGACCACUUACCUACGAUACCCACGAUACCGACGAAAAUUAUCACAUUAAUGUCUUAACUCCCGACCAACUCUUAACAGACUCGGCGGCCCAUACGCUAUUCAGCUAUUCGAACUUUCCUUCCAAGCUCUUCGCGACUUCGGGAGCAAACACAUUCGCAUGGUGAGGCGCACUUUGAAACUUCCGCAUGGCCAAAAUGAACUGGUGGAGAGCAUCUCGAUCGCCCCCCCCGGGAUAGAUUUCUUUUUCUUUUUUUUUUUCUAACCUUCUCUUUCUCCCUUCAUCGUGAAGUUCUUUCUUCAGCGUAUAACUUGCAUUGAGCGAUCCAGGUAUGGGCUAUAGAUAUGCAUGCUCCGAGCGCAUAUAUGGGCGUUGUAACAUAGGAUUUUUGUUGCAUCUUCGUCUUCUUUUUUUUCUAGCACCAGCGAGGAGAGGCGGGGUUUGGUUUCAAUGUACAGAUACCCUCGACAUUGGGAAACUCAAGUUUCCACGCGGUUUAUUAUUAUUUUUCUUGUCUUUUUCCCCUCUUCCCUCCCCUUUCUUUGCUCGCCUGAAAUUCAAGGAUUAAAAACAUGUGAUGAUGACCCUGGACGGAAGAUCAGACGGCGCGGAGAAAGAACGGCGUUUGAAAGCUAUAAAGUCUACAAUACAUCGAUGUAGGACAAUAUGAUAGAGC